UUUUAGAUAUCCAAGUCGAGUGAAGCAGCUAAUCCUAGCUGAUCCGUGGGGUUUUCCUCAACGACCAACCACCAGCGAUUUGAGCAGACGACCACGGGUGCCUGUGUGGAUCCGAGCCAUCGUGUUCCUCAUGCAACCGUUUAACCCUCUAGCUAUCCUCCGGGCAGCAGGACCAUGGGGUCCUUCUCUAAUUCAGCGGAUCAGACCUGAUAUGAAAGACAAGUUUAAAGAUUUAGAUGAAGGCGCUUUAUAUGAUUAUAUCUAUCACUGUAAUGCUCAGGAGCCAAGCGGUGAAAGUGCAUUUAGAGCACUGACGGUCUGCGUCGGCUGGGCAAAGAACCCGAUGCUGCAGCGAAUACAGGAAAUCGACAGCAGAAUUCCAAUAACAAUGAUUUAUGGGUCUCGGUCGUGGGUAGACAGUGAGAGCGGAUGGGCUGUGAAGGACCUGAGAAAAGAUUCAGUCGUCGAUGUACACGUGGUGAAGGGUUCUGGACACCACGUCUACUCAGAGCAAGCGAGCGAGUUCAAUACACUCGUGAGGCGCGCGUGUGACUUCGCCGACUCGCUAGCGCGACAGGAGGAGGAGGCGGGCGAGGCGCUGCGUCUCGACGGAGACGACGAGGCGUCGACGCGAGAGACGCUCGCUCGCAGCGUGAGCGUGCUCACGAUGAAGGACAACCCACCGCGAGUCGGCGUCGUCCUCGACUAGCGCGAGCGAUCGUCACGGCGAUGAUCCGCACGUUGGCAUUCCUUGUCCCCCGCCUGCUGUCGAGUCUCUUGCGUUUCGGUCAUCGCCUGAACAGAAAGGCGGCCGAAUGUGUUAAGUUGUGCAAAUUUUAUUUUCUGUUAUCUGAACGUUAAUCUUAGUUCAUAGUAAUUUUACUAUUGGGUUUGAGCCAAAUGACACAUGGUAAUGGUAUUACAACCAAAAUGGGUAACGGUUACUUUUGCCAGUUUCUGCCGAAUGCUAUGAAUUAAUGACUAAAUCCAAAGUUGUGGAUCUAUUUACUAAGUACAUUCAAGUUCUAGUUUGAUUUUUGAAGUAUUAUAGGAAUAUAGGUUGAUGAGAGCACUAAUUAUAUUAUAUAAUGAGUAGUGCACAGGUUAAAUGUCUUUGAAUCUGCCGGAUAUGGUUUAUGUGUAUCCCUUUACAAUAUUCAUCGCUAAACAUGUUUGCAAGAUAUUCUACUUUCUACUGACACAGGUUGGCUUAUUUAUUCAAUGUACUGUUGGGUAUCUAGUUGCUGUCACCCAACAGACUUCUACCAGAAAUCAACUUUAUUGAAUAUGAAAAGCAGGGUUUAACAGACAUAUUAUAUGAAAUGGGGGUAUUCACUAAAUUAAAUAUAUAAACUGUUUACGUAUAUUGAGCUAUGUCAGCAAUGUUUAAUGCAGGGUGUGAGAAUAUUCCUUUCUUACACAACCGGUCCGUGAUGACACGUCACAGUUUUAACACAACAUUUUGACCACUAAGUGUUAUUUUUGUAGUAAAAAUAUUUUUAAUUCUUGUGCCUGGAUAUGGUGUUUUUAAGUUGGAUUUGGCAAGCAGUAGCGCCAAUUUUCUAUACAGGUAUUGUCUCCCAUAAUUCUUGUUACAACACUAGCUAAAAAGAUAUUAUAUGGCAAAGGAAAAUGUAUUUAUUAUAAUGUUUAACGACUAAGGUUAUCUCUUAUAUAGACCUCUUUGUGCAGCAUAGUGGUCGUGUAAUCACGAUAUAUUAGCUCUAAGCAAGUAUUUAAAUUAUGAACAGCCAAUUCUUGGUGUUAUCAGUGCCUUUAUGAUAGUCAUACGCACUGGCUUGAUUUCCAAGUAAUCUGAUACAAAAAUGUCAACUUAUAAUACGACACGUCUUGACAUGGUAUUUGUAAAAUAGUACCACGAUCCUUGCAUAUGUCAUUUUAUGCAACAGUUUUAAGCAAAUCAAAACGUGCGUCACCGAAGGUGUUAAUAUUAGUAAACGUGAUGUAUGCCGUUUAGUUAUUGCCAGUGCCUUUAUAUGGCGUUAGUGAAAACGAACACGUGAUGUGUUCUAAAUCUGCUGCGAUUUAUUUUGGUUUGGGGAAUCAUCAUAAAACUGAAUAGUCUGCCGUGCAAACUUUAAUAUUGAACUUUAGAAUUGUGAUUGUUAAUAAUUGUAAAUAUGGGUAGAAAAUUUUUACAUAGCUGUUGUAAAGUAAUUAAUUUAUUGAAAUAAAAGAUAUACUUAUAUUCCCCAGA